AUGGCCCUCAACCUGGAGAAACAGUUGAUCUUUUACGGGGCUUAUCACAACAACCCGGUGAAUGUUGCGAUCCAUAUAACAUGUGUCCCUGUCCUACUUUUCACGGGCAUUGUUCUGGCAUGUAAUUGUCCUCCUCUGUUCACUACGCCCGACAUCCUCACUUUCGAGUAUCUUCCUGCGAAUGCCGGCACCAUUGGCGCGUUCAUCUAUGCCAUCUUCUAUAUUCUCCUCGAACCAGUCGCAGGUGGCCUGAUUGCACCGCUCGUAAUCGGGUCAGCCGCGUACGGCAACUAUCUCCUCGGAAGCUACGGGAUGAUCGUGAACUAUUAUGCUGGAGGAAUUCACAUUGUGUCCUGGCUUGCGCAAUUCGUUGGCCAUGGUGCUUUUGAGAAACGGGCACCUGCUUUACUAGACAACCUCGUGCAGGCACUGCUGCUUGCGCCCUUGUUUGUCUGGAUGGAGAUUCUCUUCUUCUUUGGGUAUCGUCCGGAGCUGAAGCAGCGCUUCCACAAGAACGUGGAGGUCGAAAUUGCUAAGUUCCGUAAGGAGACGGCACAACAGAAGAAGAGCAAUUAG